AUGGAUCUUCGACCCGAGUACCGCUCAAUCUCGUGCGAGUUGCGGGCUUUAAAGAAGAUGGUACGCAACGAGUUUGGCAACGGAGAUUCAGACAGUGAUGGGAUUGCUAAUUCUUUCGGUGCCAAUUCGAGUCCUCUGUUUGAGAGGGGUCGGUUUUACGAGGAGUACUCCGCUAGAAGGAACGAGAGGCUGAGGAGCAAGAAGAACGAGACAGGGCAUGAAAGGAAGACCGCGCACGGUCUCGGUGCCAUGGGGGAGUCUGCGAAAAAAAGCAGCAGUACGAAGAACCUUGAGAGUUUGAGGAAAUCGGUCUCGUCGGCUUACUCUGUGGAGCAGAGCGAGGCCCGACUUCGAGGUAUAUGCUAA